AUGGAAGAUGACAUUUAUGAAGAUUAUCAACGUUAUGAAGACGAAAUAUAUAAAGAACAAAAUUCAUCUUCAGAUAGCGAAGAAGAUUUUAUCAAGGAUCCAUCAAUCAUCUAUAGUCAAAUAUUCUAUACAAGUGAAAAGCCAAAGUUUAUUAUUGAAGGGAGUACUACAGAAAAUCAAAAAAAAGAUUCUAAAGAAGUUAAGGCAAAGUCUUCUAUUAAUACCAAAACUAAUGGAUCGUUCAAAGAAGAGUCCAAAUACUUUAUUUCACGAAGGAAAUCAAUUUCAGUAGAUUCAAUAAACAAAGUAUUUGUUGUUGAUCAAAAAUAUUCUUCUGAUGAAAUAGAGUCAGGAGAGAUAUUAGAGGAAGAAAAAGUUUCGAAAGAUAAAUCUAAAAUUGAAAAUAAAAGCAUAUCAUCACCACCAUUACCUGUAUUAUCUAAACCUAUUUCUAUGAAUAAUAAUUUGAAAAUGGUAACAACUCCAUUAGAAACACAUAUAAUUAGUCCUAUUGAUUUUAAAACAUUUGAUACGUCGCCCUCACUAAAACUUAUGACUGACGAUGAAUUGUCUGAAUCUUCAUCGAGCCAAGAAACAUCUUCAAAACUUUCCAAUAGAUUCUCUAGGGAAUCAAAAUAUAAACAAAAUACGUGUCAGAAUUGUGGUUCUCGUGCUCACGAAGAAAGUGUUUGUUCUAGUAUUAAGUAUCCAGAUAAUGAUCAAAAUACAUGGAGGAAAUAUAAAUUAAGAAGUCCUCCUAGAAAUGUACGUAUUACUCGAAAAAGUUGCUUUAGAUGUGCCAGUAGAGAACAUUUUGGAUGGGAUUGUAGAGAUUACAAAAGAUCAGUACAAACAAAUACAUUAAAGUGA